AUGGACCACACUGCUGUCCCCGCAGCGCCUCCGUCAAUUUCUAGGCACGGCCGUCACUCACGCCGCCAGGCGCCUGAAGACACCAAUCACGCUAAUCAAUCGGCUAUCCGAGCACACGGACGAGACGAUUCUGUCGCGCCCGCCUCCCCCGAAGUCAUCUCCUCCCUAAUAACCAGUCUCUCCGUGAUAUCGAGGCCAGCCAACGCCCACUUCGACCUGCCACUCGACCUCCUCCAAACCUCCUCCUCACCCUCCAGUCCCAAGUCGCCGAACGACCACCGGAACGGUUCCUUUGGUGUCACCUACGGCGCACUCAACCAACCCACACUAGCAGAGCUGCGAGAAGAAGACGCCGGUUACGACGACCUUGCGGCCCUCCCCCCGACCAUCAGGACCGCGAAGCCUCCAAGCGGCUUCUCUCCCCUGACAGCGCCAAAGUCGCCCGAGAGACGCGAGAGCGGUGGACUGCGGAGCUUUCUCAGCGGGAGGUCGUCCUCGCGCCCGUCGUCGAGAGGCUCAUGCGCAUCCAAGGAUGCUGAUGUGCGCAGCAUCGGCAAUCUUUCCGUCGAGCGCGGGUUGUCUCCUGUGUCGUCUCCAGAAGUAAAGAGACAGCGGUCAUACGAUAGCUGGGGCAAGAAGUCUACAGUCCGAUCCCAGAAAGGGUUGAUGUACAUGAGCUCCAAAGAGCGGCUGAGAGACAACGAGGACAGGAAAAGGGUAACCUCAGGAACCGGGGCAAGUUCCAGUGGUGCGCUGGACGCGAGCGCCAUGGCACGAACGACGAGCCCACGAGUGGACCAAUUCCUAGCGGGAACCUCCAUCACAGAAGAGCCAGCGUGGAACAUCGACGAUCCACUUUCGAAGCCGAGCCUUGGUGCAGACGGGUCGGCUCGAUCAAUACCCCUCAGAGACUCGAGUUUGUCGAAGACGGGCUCCAACGCGAAGCGGUCCUCAGCACGAAACAGCCGUUCAUCGAAACGCGACAGCGAUCAUGGUGCGAUUCCUGAGGAGGACUACUUCGGCAGAUCUGACAAGGGGAAGGGGAAGAGUGCAGACAUACCGCAACAGAGGAACAGCUUUCGGAAAACCCGCGAGACUUCCAGAGAACCAAGGCCAAGGAGGAGGGAUCCGGGGCCGGAGGGCUUUCUGGACCCUUCGCGGGCGGCCAAGGCCAAGGGGAGCCAUCAUACCGAUCACCAUAUUACAGACACCGAAGUUGAACACGAUGACGGGGCUCCGUCUCCUAAUAUUGCUCAAGGGAAAAGGCGAGACCGAGAAGUCAGCAACGAUCGGGCCAGUCGGCGGCGAUCCGGUCGAAGCACUCCGGAACUCCGCGUAAAGCGGAGCAGCUCAAGAUUGAAGCGGCUGUCCGGGCCGUUGUCCCCACGACCGGAUGACAAGCCUAGAGACUCCACGACGGAGUCAAGGGCUGUAUCCUACGAGCGUCCACCUUCGGCGGAUAGUAUCGACGACUCAGUUGAAUCGUACUUGCGCUCACCUCGUCUGAGCCAGAAGAUCCGCCACCCACAGACGGGCCGGGUGAUCAGCUUCAGCGAGGUGGGAGAUUCUGAGGGGAGCGCGGUGUUCUGCUGUGUUGGCAUGGGCUUGACGAGGUACAUCACGGCGUUCUAUGAUGAACUUGCCGUGACUCUGAAGCUGCGUUUGAUCACCCCUGACAGACCUGGUGUAGGGGACAGCGAGGCGUGUGCGGACGGCAACGCUACGCCUCUGGGCUGGCCUGACGAUGUAUACGCAAUCUGCCAGGCUCUGCGAAUUACCAAAUUCUCCAUCCUGGCGCACUCUGCUGGUGCGAUUUAUGCGCUGGCAACAGCCCUUCGAAUGCCCCAACACAUCCGUGGCCGGAUCCACCUGCUGGCACCAUGGAUUCCUCCAUCCCAGAUGUCUGUCUUCGGCGCUUCCGCACAAACGCCUUUGCCGCCGACCAACGCGAUACCUACGUCUCAGAGGAUAUUGCGCGCACUGCCAACACCGAUUCUCAAGGCAGCCAAUUCCAGUUUCAUGACUGCCACAAGCAGCAGUAUAACAAGCAGCCUUCCAAGGCAAAAGCGAGCGAAACGAAAGCCCAGUGGUAAAGAUAAUAAGGACACAUCGGCCUCGAGAGCUAGCGACCGACCCAUGCUCGAUAAGGAGAACCAUAACGGCGGGAAGUUGUCAGGUGACCACCCUAUGCUGACCAGGGAGAUGUUCGCCUGCGAGGAAAUGGACCAGAUCCGCCCUGAAGGAGCCAGCCCCACGGGGAAUCUGUCACCCAUCCGAGCUGCAGUGGCGAACGACACGUACGGUGGUAUCGGCGGAGGCAGCAGUGGCAAAGGCAAUCGCAACAGCAAACAGGACGCCGUCAUUGCCGCUGCCGAAUCAGCCAUGGCAGAUAAAGUAAGGCAGGAAACAUACGACACACGCCUCACCCAGGCCAUCUGGGAGCUCGCGACCACGGGCGCCAACCCCGCCGUGGACCUGCUGGUGUGCCUGGAGCGCCGACAUACCAUCGGCUUCAGGUAUGUCGACAUCACCAGGCCGGUGGUGAUCCAUCACGGCAGUCGGGACACGCGUGUGCCUGUCGAGAACGUGAAGUGGCUAGGCAAGACGAUGAAGCGGUGCGAGGUGCGAGUCCUCGAGGGCGAGGGGCACGGGCUGAUGGCCUCUGCGGGAUGUAUGGGUGGGGUUCUCAUGGAGAUCAGCAAAGAGUGGGAAGACUGGAUGAGAGUCACCGGGGCGACGGCACGCAGAGAAGAGAAGAAAAAGGCCGUGGUGAGAUAA